AUCAAAUGCGUGGGUUUAUAUAUGGGCAGUCCAGCGCACUUGAUCUUUUCCGUUUCUUUUUAAAAGCCAGUCAUGGUGGGUUUGUAAGGGGAUUUGUUUAUCAAGUUCAUUUUUAUAAACGUAGAAGAAACGUUUUAGACCAGUUCUGUGAUCGUUUGUUGUUAGACAGGUUGUUUAUAUUUAGAGUAAACAUGUCGGUCAGGGGUUGAGUCUGUCCAGCUUACUGGGUUUGGUGACGCCUACAAUAAACGACUGUCUUUCCGCCUAGAGGAUGCACAAUACGUCAGAGUGAAGCCUUCCCAGAAGAGUGGAGAUUAUUAUAAGAGCAAAGGGGGACUACAUCUGCAAUGGAAUAUUCAACAAGCAGAUAUGGGUCUGAUUAUCAGGAGACAAACAUGGAGCAUAUGUACAUGAUGCCCAACCCUGGGCUGCCCAGUUACCCACCUGGGCUUGAGUACCUGACACAGAUUGAUCAGCUGCUGAUUAAACAGAAGGUGGAGCUCAUAGAGGCUCUGGUUGGCUUCGAGAGCAAUAACAAGUAUGAAAUAAAGAACUCGAUGGGCCAGAACGUGUUCUAUGCAGUAGAGGAGAACGACUGUCUAACGCGGCAGUGCUGCGGCCCGCUGCGCUCGUUCACCAUCCGCGUCCUGGAUAACUUCGGCCAGGAAGUGAUCACCAUCAGCCGGCCCCUCAAGUGCAUGUCCUGCUGCUUCCCCUGCUGUCUGCAAGAGCUGGAAGUUCAGUCUCCACCAGGGAACAUAGUGGGUUAUGUGCUCCAAGAGUGGCAUCCUUUCUUUCCCAAGUUCACCAUCCAGAAUGAGCACAAGGAGCCUGUGCUGAAGCUGCGGGGACCCUUCUGUGGCUGGAGCUGCCUUCCAGAUGUCGACUUUGAGAUUUUGACCAUGGAUGAAGUGAGCAUCGGGAGAAUCAGUAAACAGUGGUCAGGACUUCUCCGAGAGGUCUUUACAGACACUGAUAACUUUGGGAUCCAGUUCCCGAUGGACCUUGACGUCCGGAUGAAGGCAGUGAUGAUCGGACUCUGCUUCCUCGUUGACUUCAUGUUUUUCGAGACAAACAACUAACUGCUGAGCGAGCGAGAGUAACAGAAAGAAGCAGAAACGACGAGAGUAAGGGUCUGUUCCAGAAAGAGGACUGGGAGGAAUUUGUCAAAUCCUGUGCCAGCAGGUUUAUUGAUUCCAAAUAAACAGAUGAUCAGCUAACCCAACCCUGCAUAUAGUCUGCAUAUAGUGCUAAAUAAAUAAAUAAGGUAAUUUUCUCAUCAGUAAAAAAAGAGGGGGAGAAGGCAUAGCAAAAAAAAAAAAAAAAAAAAAAAAAAAAAACGAUUUACAGAAGGUUCUGUAGCUUUAUUGCAUUCAGUAUUUAUGCUAAUUAUCAAUUCAUUUAAAUAAAUAAUCAACUUUGGUAAUAUGAAAUGUGCUUGGCAACAAAUACAGUUUCAAAACUUUACUUUAGGCUUUACUUACUACUGAUCAACUUUUAUGUGAAAAAAAAUGUAUCCAAUUAGCCUUUACUGUACAGAAAUUAAGGACCGUGCACCAGAUUCAUGCAUGAAAGUUUUAUUGGAGAUUGCGAGGUUUAAGACGGGCGUUUAUUAGUUCUUUCUGUGUGAGAAGAAGCUGUGUCGAAAACAUUGUACAGCACUGAGUAAACGUGACUCUGAUCUGAUCAGUGCUCCUUAAACGCUGCAGUUGCAUUUAAACUCCACUUAACCAGACAUUUUCUAGUUUAUUCUCACAGAGCCGGAAGAACCAAACUAGAUUCCGUCUAAUCCUUGUAACUGGAAGAGAAAAAUCAUGAAUCAGACUUUCUGGAACGGACCCCCACUGUUUCCUUAUUAAAUCCAUAUAACGUUUAUUUAAAGAGAGAGUUCAUAGAACUCUAUUAGAAUGGAUUUUUUUUUUUUGUUUAGCCACUAGACAUUAUACUUGGGUUUUUGUUUCCCUCUUUUCCUCUAGAUGUUCUGACCCACUUCUUAAACAGAGCAGUAGGAGGUCAAGGGUCUUAACCAUAGAGGAAACGUUUCCCUGAAACAUUAGAGUUUGUUUAAUACCCGUCCUAGUUUAUGAUGCUUUUGAGCUAACUCGACUAGCACCCUACCUGCUGAAGCACCUGUAGAUAUUUGAAACCUGUAUGUGUGCAUUGUAAAGUGUAGUGACUUUUUGGUUUGUAUUCCUGCGUAACAGAAAAUCUACAGAUCUUACAGCGUUACUGUAAAAUCGAAUAUUUAUGACGGAUGACGCUGCAACAUAACUCGUACAGGUUUACUCUAAUACUGAUACGACUGACCAUGACUACUUUUAUUCUUUAUUAUAGCACAGUGCGGUUGAUUUUGUUGAUUAUAACAGCAGCUCUGACAGUAGUGCCAGCUGCAAGGCUUAAUCGAACAAAUAAUCAUUUUAAUAGUCUCUGCUAAUUAACAUGGACGUUCUGUUAUUUAUCAAAUGAACAAUGUAUGAUUGUUGAUCUGGUGAUGUGUUCUCUGAGGAGAUGUUUGUUAUAUUUAUGGAAGGAGUCUCCAGUGUCAGUGCUUUGUGGUCAAGCUGCAUUUUAUUAUUAUUAUUAUUAUUAUUAUUAUUAUUAUUAUUAUUAUUAUUAUUAUCAUUAUCCUACUAACAAGAGACAAACGAGAGGCUGGUGAGGGAGCUGCUGUAAAGUAAAUGAAAGUGUUCCACAAUAUUAAAUGUAAAGUGUGAAAAGUAUGGCAUGGCACUCUUUAAUUAAUACAAAUUGGACUCAUUGGCAAUUUGCUGUGUUGUAAGAGGAAUAAAACACGUCUGUGCUGUAAUUGGAAAAUAAUCAACUUUAGGCUGGUAACAGGAACUCCGCUUGAGACUGACAAAUAUUUACGUAUGUACACUUUUUUCACUAUUAAUUUUAUUAUUGUUGUUGUUGUUGUUGUUUGUUGUUAUUAUUAUUUUAAAUAUAUUAAUACUUUGGAUAACUAUACAUAACUGGAAAGCCAUUUAUCCACCCAGGAUAUACAAAAAGGAUGUAUUUUAAAUCUGCUACUGUAUUGAUGUUUAGUUUCUUUAUCUUGUGUUAGUGUGGGUUAGUAUUUGACCAUAUUUGUUUGAACAUUUAACAUCAAGCUCUUUUUCCAAAAUAUAAUAUGAUCAUUUUUUAUAGUAGUACCAAACAUUUGCAGUAGAGGGCAACAGCAGCCUGUUUAAACUCUGCACCUACUACCUUUACACUUUAUCCUUUUUCUUUAUGCAGAUGUACUCCAGUACUUGUUGUUGUUUCCCUUCUUUUUUUUUAACCUCAGGUACACAUGCAUGUAACUGAUGCUUGCACUUUAAAAAACCUCCCUGUUUGUCUGUGAAGCUGUAGUUCAAUUGAUGCCUAAUGUGCUUGUUGAUACAGUAUGUAGUCCAUGCACUGCCUUGUUCUGCAGGUUUUUAUUAAAAAAAAAAAAAAAAUUCACUUAUUUUCAA